AUGUCUGAUUAUCUGUUAAAAUAUGGUUAUAUAUCAGUAAAUACCAGAAGUCUUGAGGGAAUUAAGAGAGGCAUCAAAAACUUUCAGAUGUUUUUUGGACUCUUAGUGACGGGAGAAUUAGACGACAAGACCAAAGAGAUGAUGAGCGCCAAGAGAUGUGGUAACAAAGAUCCGGUCCAUAAAAUUAAAGUCAAGACUCGAGGAAUGGGACCCGAAGGAGGAAUGAUGGACUGCAAAGGCGAUUAUUCACUUGAGGGCAGCAAAUGGACAAACUAUAAGCUCAUGUAUAAGAUUAAAGAGUGGUCGCAGAAG